AUGCUGAGCAUCAUCAAGUUUGCAUCCAUCAUGGCUCUUGCUGGCAUGGCCAUGGCUGCACCUACUUCAUCUCCUGUCAAUGGCAUUUCUAUCGUCAAGCGUGACAGCGUCACGGUGACCCUGAAGAACAAGUGCGACGUUUCUUUGGAUGUACACAAGCUCACGAAUGGCCAAGGCGAUCCUGAUGGUAGCUAUACGCUAUCACCUAAAGGUUCUCAUGAUGUCAAGGUCGACUCUCAAUGGAAAGGACGCUUCUGGGGAUGCAAGGAAGGUGAUGAUUCCUGCGAGAAGUAUGGUUCGGCUUCUUCACUUGCCGAGUUUUUGUUCAGCGGAUUCGAAGGUCAAGACUUUUAUGAUAUCUCGUUUGUGGAUGGAUUCAAUUUCCCUAUGCGCAUUGAGCCUCAUACCUCAAAGACUGGUUCUGGGUAUGAUUGCGGUGCUCCCACUUGUUCAUCAUUACCUGAAUGUCCCGAGGAUCUCAAGAACAAGGAUGGUUCAUGCAGGAGUGCAUGUGCUGCAUUUGGCACGGACGAAUUUUGCUGCACUGGCAAGUACAAUGGUGAUCACAAGUGCCCCGAAAACAAGUAUUCUCGUCAUUUCAAGGCUGGAUGUCCCGAUGCUUAUUCAUUUGCAUAUGAUGAUGCCAAGAGCACUUUUGCUUGUAGCUCAACAACCUACACUGUCACUUUUUGCCCUUAA